CCGACAACAGUUCGUAAACGAAACCCCUAGGAAGUUUCCUGCUUUCCCACACCCUAGCGACUCCCAUUGAUUCAUCAACUACAGCAAAUAUUGUCGGUUUUCUCUGUAAUUUUGGUUUAUCAUCUAUUUCUAAUUCUGGAUGUUCGUCAUUUUGAGUUUGUUUUAGACUUUUGAAGAUUGAUUUGACGUCUUGAGCUGCGACUUGGAACUGAUUUCAUCUGGGUUCUGUUACGUGAUUGAGUUCGUUUAUCUGGGCGUUGGUCAUUUUGGGUUUGUUUUAGGCGUAUGAUGAUGGGUUUUUAGUUAAAUCUGAAUUGAUCUGGGUUUUGCUCUAUGAUUGAUUCUUUGUUUCUUUGAAGUCUGAAUUCAUCUGUGUUUUGUUAUAUGAUUGAUUUCUCGAUCUGGGUGUUCGUCAUUUAGGGUUUGUUUUAGGCUCUUGAUGAAGGAUUUGAUGUUAUGGAUUGCAGUUGAAAUCAAGUAGAGUGUUUGAUGAUCAAUUCCAUGUUCUGUGUUACAAUUUUUCUCUAGAAAAACUUGAACCCAUUUGGGGGUUUCGGACUUCCAAUUCAUUCUUGUUCUUCCCUUUUUGAAAAUUGGUACUGUACAACUUUCAUAGCAUAAGGUACAAGUCAUUAUAACAGGAUUCUGCAUAGGUUAUAUUUGCCGAUAUUGAAAAGGGAUUUGGAGAUAUUAACAAGAAUGUGAAUCUUUAAUGGCUUGAUUCAUCUCCUCCUUUUAGUUGUUUGCUUCAGCUUCUUGUAUUUUGAUGAUCAGAUGGUCUUCUAAAGUUGACUUUUCCAAGAAGACUUCGUGUCCCUAAUCUUAUAUAUGUAUAUCCUUAAUUCCUGAUUCCUGAAUCCCAAUUCAUUUCUUGUAAUUGGGUUUCUAAAAUCUGUGUCAAAUUUCAAAAAUUUUGAGUUUGAUCAAUGGCAAAUUAUUCUGAACCGUCAUCAUCCAUUAGCUUUACUUCACCUUCUCAUAUAUCCAAUGGCUCUAAUGGCUAUAAUAUAUCUUCCUCUUCGAUCACCGAAGCACGAUCGAAUCUUGAAAUCAUCAGCCUAAAUAAGCUCAGUAGCAACUUAGGAAAACUCUUGAUUGAAUCAGAUUCGAAUUACAGCGAUGCAGUGGUCAUGGUGGAAGGCAGCCAUGUGUGCAUCCACAGGUGUAUUUUAGCCGCUAGAAGUAAAUUUUUCUGCGAUUUGUUUGAAGGAAGUAAAGAUUGUGGAGAAAAAGAUGGUAAAAUUAAGUACAAAAUGAGUGAAAUUUUGCCAUUUGGGAAUGUGGGAUAUGAUGCUUUUCUUGUGUUCUUGAACUAUUUGUAUACCGGAAAAAUGAAAUCGGCACCACUAGAGGUUUCGAAUUGUGUUCAUGAGGGAUGCCCCCAUGAUGCUUGUAGGCCGGCUAUUGUGUUUGCCGUUGAAUUGAUGUAUGCUUCAGUCAUUUUUCAGGUGCCCGAGUUGGUUUCACUUUUUCAGCGGCGACUUCUCAACUUUGUUGACAAGGCUCUCGUUGAAGACAUGAUCCCGAUACUGUUGGUUGCGUUCCACUGCGAGUUAACUCACAUCUUGACUCAAUGUGUCCACCGAGUCGCCCGAUCGGACCUCGAUGAUGUCUCGCUCGAGAAAGAGCUCCCAGUCGAAGUUUCCCGUGACGUAAAGUCGCUUCGCUACAAAUCUCAAGACGAGAACAAGCCCGUUUCGGUAAAAUCCGAGGAGCAAGCGUUGCGUGAAAAGCGGAUUAAACAAAUACACAAAGCGUUGGACUCGGAUGAUGUGGAACUCGUGAAACUUCUCUUAACGGAAUCAAACAUUACGUUAGACGAAGCCAACGCGUUACAUUAUGCGGUUUCAUAUUGCGAUCAAAAAAUCGUGAAAGAGGUGCUCGGUUUGGAUCUGGCGGACGUAAAUCGUCGGAAUUCUCGAGGGUAUACCGUGCUUCAUAUUGCGGCGAUGCGUAAGGAACCGUCGAUCAUUGUUUCGCUUUUGAGCAAACAAGCAUCGGUUCUCGAGAUGACACGAGACGGGCAGAGUGCGGUUGGGAUUUGCAAACGGUUGACACGGCCGAAGGAUUAUAACAUGAAAACAGAACACGGGCAAGAAGCAAACAAGGAUCGGUUAUGCAUCGAUCUUUUGGAACGGGAAAUUAUGCGGAAUUCGAUGGGGGGAGACGUACCAGUGUCAUCUUCGGCUAUCGCCGAUGAUUUGCAGAUGAAGUUGCUGCAUUUGGAAAACAGAGUGGCGUUUGCGCGAUUAUUGUUUCCGACAGAAGCCAAACUAGCUAUGGAGAUCGCAAAUGCAAAUACAACAUCCGGGACCAAAGGUCCGAGUGGGAACUUGAUUGAGAUGGAUCUGAAUGAUACACCGUCAAUGCAGAACAAAAGACUCGUAUCGAAAAUAGAAGCGCUUUCGAAAACAGUGGAGAUGGGUCGACGGUUUUUCCCUCAUUGUUCAGAAGUUCUCGACAAGUUCAUGUUGGACGAUUUUCCGGAUCUAGUUUACCUUGAGAACGGUACGCCAGAGGAGCAAAUCAUCAAGCGAACUCGCUUUAUUGAGCUCAAAGAAGACGUUCAGAGAGCGUUCACCAAGGAUAAGGCCACCAAGGAUAAGGCCAAGCUUCCAAGCAUUUUAACGCACGGCAUAAAGAAUAGAACGCGAAAAUACUCGUAAAACAUAUUUUUUUUUUCAUUUACCCUAAGUUUUUUUCUAGAGGAUUGCAUAUUGUAUGUUAUUUCUCUAUAGUUUUGGAAAGAGAUGCAGUUAAAAAGGUUGUACAAAA